ACGUAGGUACAACGUCAAUCGGCCGAAGCAACGGAUAGUCAUCAACGACUACCACGACAAAUGGAACCCGACAAGCAGCAGCAACGGCAGCAGGGGAUGGAGAGAAGGGCCGGAGGAGGUGGCGACGCAGCGAGGAGCGCAGAGGUGCGGCUUCCUACGGAGGAAAGCCCGUACACCAAGUACGAUGAUUUGGAGGACUACAAGCGCAAGGGCUACGGGACGGAGGGCCACCAGGAGCCGAAAGCUGGCCGGGGUGCCGGGGCCACUGAUGCCCCCACCCUCUCUGGCGGGGCCGUCUCUUCCGAUUCCGGUGUCCCCGCUGCCGAGGAUGCUCACCGCCAUUCAGCGCCCAAAUAGUUGGCUUUGCUAUAUGUUAUCCCUAUAAAAACAGUCGAGUUCUUUCGAUGUGACUGUAUCAAAAAUGUAACACUACAUGCUCAUGACAAUAUCGAAGAUAGGGGAGUUACUAUUUCAUUGAAAGUUAUUCGAUCUA